UGAAGUAAACAGCCAUGUGCAUUCCUCUACUCUAUAUUUAACUACAGCGGUUUGUGCAGGAGAGGUCUGCAAGAGGAGGGAAUUGUGGUUCUUUAUAGAAGCUCCUGGCUUGGGGGAGAGAGAGCAGCCAUCUGAGUGGGGUGUCCCCGGCUCAUCUUGGGCAGAGGGCCUUUCUCUUUGUGAGCCAAUCCAAGGCCGUCAUGCCAGCCUCUCAAAGCAGGUCCCGGGCACGGGACCGAAAUAAUGUUCUGAACAGGGCUGAGUUCUUGUCACUGAACCAGCCUUUAAAGGGGGCUCAGGAGAAUAGGAGCUCCAGCAGGAAGACGACAGGCCCAUCUGUGCAGGCCCCACCACCGAAUGAGGGGUCCAAGGAGCGGAGGCAGUCCCAGCAGCUGCCCGAAGAGGACUGCAUGCAGCUAAACCCAUCCUUCAGGGGAAUUGCAUUCAACUCCUUGCUGGCUAUUGACAUCUGUAUGUCCAAGAGGCUGGGCGUCUGUGCCAACCGAGCUGCCUCCUGGGGCAGUGCCCGCUCUAUGGUCAAACUCAUUGGGAUCACAGGGCAUGGGAUCCCUUGGAUUGGGGGCACCAUUAUCUGCCUGGUGAAGAGCAGCACUCUUGCAGGGCAAGAGGUCCUGAUGAAUCUGCUGCUGGCUCUGCUCUUGGAUAUCAUGACUGUGGCUGGAGUGCAGAAGCUCAUCAAACGACGAGGCCCUUAUGACAUGAGCCCAGGCCUUCUAGACUACCUCACCAUGGACAUCUAUGCCUUCCCAGCUGGCCAUGCCAGUCGAGCUGCCAUGAUAUCCAAGUUCUUCCUCAACCACCUUGUGCUGGCCGUCCCCUUGCGGAUCCUUUUGGUGCUCUGGGCCUUCUGUGUGGGCUUGUCAAGGGUUAUGAUUGGGCGGCAUCACAUCACUGAUGUGGUCUCUGGCUUCGUUAUUGGCUACUUCCAGUUCAAACUGGUGGAGCUGGUCUGGAUGUCCUCCAACACCUGCCAGAUGUUGAUAUCCAUCUGGUGAACAGCACUGUUGCACCUUGACCUUUUCAAGAGAGGGGAGAUGAAGAAUAGAAAACAACCCUUCAGUGAAAGGAAGUUGGAGCCCUUCUCCCUUGAAUAUGUUAUUAGACCCCUGUUUUAUUUCCCUCUCAUGUUUGGUGGCCAGUAUCCACAGGUUAUCCCAGCCAUAACACGGGGGCAGAGGUUCUUGAAAAAUACCGAUUUCCCCACCUUUCCCCAAAAUACCUAGAGUUACUUUGGCUUUCCCUCAUCAUCUCAAACCCAGUGGAGUUUCAACAUGUCAAAAUCAAUAUUGCUAAGCUCCUGCUUAUAGAGAUGUCAGAGCAAAAGUCAAGCUGGAAAAAGUAGGUGGUUUCUGGUAUUCACCUUUUGUUGUUACUGUGGUCAAGUUUUUUGGCAGCUGCCUGUCAAUCCCAGGUCCCAAUCCUCCAAGAAAUGCCCCAUCAUCCCCUUUUGAUAUGUGGGCCUAUCAGCACUCACC